UGUACAGACAUCCGUAUAUCAAUGUAGGCCUAACGGGAGAAUAUUAUAUCGAAUUCAAUUAUGCUCAUCUAAUAUGUCAAGUAAAUUAUAAGAUAAACGCGAGACAGUUGUUGGGUUUCGAAUAUCCUAGGCCCGCUCCUAUAACUGCCAUUAUGAACAACAGCUGAUUUCAUGAUUUCCUUGGGAAGUCUUCAUGAGUGUGUCACAAUAUCAGUACGUUGCAGUCAUCCAGUGAAGACAGUUUGUCCGCUUAAAUUAAGUCAAAAGGGACGUAAUUGCAGUCAUGUCAUCCAAAUGAUAUACGUACAGAAUAUUUACAUGUAUUGAGAAAUUGAUUAGUUUUCCCUCCAAUUGCAAACAAAGAUGAUAUCAGGUGGAAAAGUUGGACAUAAAUCUAAUUGAUAGCGAUCAUUGAUAUAUGGAAACAUUUCAUUACAUGCCGCACCACUGUAAGACCGUGAUAAAAAGACUUGUGCAUCUCAGUGCCGAAAUUAUUCAUUAAUAUUCAUCAUUACAUUAUUUUGCGAUUUGGGGGCUUUAUCAAGGGGGGUAUUUGGGGUAUUUUUAGUCAACACACAUUGAAACUAAUGCAUAGAACUGAGAUUUGUAUUUAUAAAUGCCUCAAACAGUCUCCCUAUUCAACAACGUGCAGCUUGACCAUGUACAUGUACACGUAUUAACAUUUGAUAAUGCCCGCUGAGAAGUGAUAAUGCCAGCCGCGUAAAUCAAGCGCUGGCACCUGAAUACGAGACAGUUCAAUCAAUUCUGAUUGGUCAAAAGUCUGUGUGCACGUGGCUCGCCACGCGCACGCCAAGUCCAUAUAAGGAGAUUCUUUUGGACAACUUGCUCAAUUACAUUAAAAUGGGCGGGGGUUCGGGAAGAUGAAAGUAAAAUUCCAGAACAAAAUCGUUGGAAAUCCACCAUAUAUUGACGACAUCUGACUCUUUGACUAAAAAGGGUAUCUAUGAAUGGGAAUAAAUAUGUGCUUGAGCGAUCUUAAACUAACUCUUAAGACCGGCUCAGGAGACUGAACGCUGAUAAUGCCCUCAACUGCGGCUCGGGCGACUAGAGCCGGUCUGAUAUACGCACGUUUAAUUUAGACCGGUCAAGCACAUAUCUAUUUCCUUAAUAAAGAACAUUUCAUUGCAUCACCGUUAGUCUCUUAGCCAGUUUUGCAAGUUUGUUGACUGAGUAAAUAUACUGUGCUUUUAAAAACAAACAUUUUCGGUAAAGUUGAUGGUGUCCACACAGAGAGGUCUUUGCCACCCGAACACGCCCACUUAAAUCCGACCCGAUAUAUGCUCAGAUAUGCCGACUACUUUCAACUAUUCUGUUAGAUGAUGAGUUGUUUAUCUGAAUAGCGGCAUCAGAAAAAGUUUGAAUCUGAAAACCAUGAUGGUAGAUCCAAGAGGCAAAGAAAUCCAGCUCUGUUCUCACAGCCCUGUGAAAUAAAAAAAAAUCCCUAUGUAUUUACGUUAACAAUGAUAUAAAUCAUAUCAUUAGAGGAUGCAUAUAGCGAUAUCAAGAUCGAGACUUGUUCGCAGCUGCAUGGAAUUCGUUUAUAAAUAGGGCUUCAGCCUGAGUGACUUUUCCCAUUGGAUUCACCGCUCGGCCGUCCGCCCUAAUCAAGGGCGGAUCCGUGCAGUCGGUUUCUCGGGAGACCGCCCCAGUGCGCCAUCAAAUCUACCACCGCAAAGCACGCACAGCGGGAUGUAAGGAGACUCAGACUUGAAUCAGAUCAAAUGACAGGGAAACAUCAGUCGCAUCUUGAAGUUCCCACAUAUCCCACCGGACAGUUGAUUUAAGCUCAGUACUGUGGCCCAUUUUGUCUGAUUUUCUUGGAUCAUUCAUGACAUUCGUGAGCGUUUUUUGGGUCAUCACUGCAGUGGCUUGAGUAGUCACCAAACUUUGAUAACUGAAUGAUGCAAAGCUUUUUUGCGUGUUACUCGUCCGUGUCGUACGUUUAUUCGGUUUGUUGGCAUCAGCCUGUGUGCUCAGAGGAUCACAACACUGUGAUCUUCAACACUCGAAGCUAAAACCCAAAACACGUAUCGCGGAUUACCGUACUCACGGCUGAGUGCUCCCAUGCAUGCCCCCCGGAUCUGUUGACCCUCUUCACCCCCAUUCACCGAUCCCCAAUGAAUAUACAUCAGCAGGUGGUUGAUUCAGUUGAUUGAUUGGGUAACUGGUAACCCAGUCGGUGGCUGCCGGCUCAUUUACAUAAUCCAUGGCAACCGGCUUCUGGCUUGGCUUAGGAACGGGGUCGACAACACAUACUAGACAUAUUACUACACAUGAACAAGGUCUAGAUUUUGGACGACUUAAGUUCCGAUUUAGGGGACAUUUUGGACGUUUCGGGGUCCAAAAUGACGUCCCUCCUACCGGCCCUACCAAGGACCUACCCUCACUUGAAGGAGAAGAGAGUGUUCAACAAGCUUCAUCCAAUUUACUACACAGGAUUGCCAGUGGACCAGUACUAUGACCUUACACUUUUAAAAAGGAGCAACAUCAGGUCCAAUGAUCAACUGUUACCGAGGCCUGGGGAAGUUGACAUGACGAAAAUUCAGAUCGACAAGACCUUCCCGGCCGAGCACCCCUACAGCUCCCACAUGUCCCGCUUCGCCCUCUUCCCGAGUUUUGCCAACUCCCCUGACGACUACAAGACGGGUGAGGCUGCCAAGGAGAGCAGCACCACCCUCCACCCCCAGAUGCCUGCCAGCUCUUACGACGUCACGAUUAACCAUAAAACGAAAGGUGCUGGGGACCGAUGGGAGACCCAAGACCUUCCUCUAGACUCGCAGAAAAGACCUCUGUCUUGGCCUGGUGAUGUUUUCUUCCAGAACCGGAAGACCCCAACCAGUGGUCAGCAGAACUUCUAUCCCAUCCCACCGAAAGCCGUUCUACCCUCCCACGCCCCCAGAAGCCUAGAUUUCUCCAUUCACCCCAGGACCGCCAACGCCCUGCGCAAUGUCGAGCGCUCCCAGUGGGUGACCACGUACAACAAGAACUUCACCGGGUACGGUCCCGCCAACGCCUUGCGCCUCGAUAACUACGACGAGAAGGUGGAUAUGGAGAAGCGGACCGCCAUCGAAAACCAUAGCCUUCGUCCACGGUCGUAUCCCACUUUUAUGCCACCUCGUCCCCUGGAAGGUCGUAUCUCUCGCCUGAUUGGUCCAAACCAGUGCGUGCGAUGUGUCAUCAAAGAUGGCCGCAUUGAAUAUGUACCCUUCUCACCAAAAGUGGACAUCGAAAUGGAUAAGGUUCCAGAGUACAGGAACCUCCCCACGGAGACGCAGCAAUCCUUCCAGGACCCCACCCUGACUGACCAGUGGAAGAAGCUGCAGGCGGCGCAGCAUCCGGAGCUCCAGCUGCGGAAGCUAGAGGAGAUGAAGCAACAGUCCAAGCAGGAGCCCGAGAACUCGCUCUCGGGAUUCAGCGAGGAGACGAAGAAGAAGGAAGAGGGCGGCUACUUGAAGCAGAUGGCGGAGAGGAGAAAGGAAGAGCUGGAGGCGCUCACCCAGAACACGAGAUGGAAGCAAGCCGAACAGCAGGAACAUCACCACGACUUGAGGCUUCUGAAGCGCAAGGUCGACUACACCACGCCGCAGCUCCAGUCUCCGGUCUACUAUGAUACCCUACACAAGAUCUACUCCACCAAGCCUCCGUUUUACUACGACGGCGACAACCCCUACGAGUACGACUUUGUCGGACCGUGGGACUACCACAAGACCGAGACAUUGACGGACGCCUACAAGCUCGAGGCGGCACGGGGGGAGUUAGCCAAGAGUCGCGCAGGCCGAUCAGUGAAGGAUGGCGGAGCGGUGAUGGAUGUUCAGUUCGCUGGCUCUCCGGGCAAGAACCCGUACAUCACACCCAAGUACACGCAGCAACAGUUGCUACAUGGCAGGCCAAGAUUGGAAGCUUCCAUUGCCCAGAAACCGGUCGCGCAGUCCACCUAUACAUACAGCUUCAACCCCGAUUUCGUCAAAACGGUGAUUACACCCGACAACAGUAGAUUCGACCUUAGAGACAUGAGCAAGAGUCUACCAAACAUGUACAGCAGUAGACCAUCGUCAAAAUCGACUGGAAGUGCGUCUAAAUCGGUCCACUUCAACGACACAGCGCAAGUGGCCACAGGGGGUGGGGAGUCGCCCCUUGUCACUAAAGACUACAAACCCAGUGAGAGACUGGGUGGUACCUCGAUGUCCUGGAACUACCCUGCAUUUGAAAAUCCAGGUAGCAGCCCCAAAGUGGAUGGCCGCCACUUUAAUCCCGAGGGGACACGUGACCCCAGACUCGACUGGAAGCCCAGCUCUCCAUUCGGUCCUCGACCCCAGACCAAGCUCUCGAAGAUACAGGACUCUUUUACCAAGACAGAUGCGAGGAAAGAGUUCCAUGGCACCUUCCCUGAGACCAACCCUGAUUUAAGAGAAAAUAUCUACUCUGGGAAGAAGCAUGAUUUCGAAGGGCUGAAUGCUUGCAACUGGCACUGACAAAGUUUGUCUUGUAGUUUCUCAGUUCAUUGCAUGACUCUUGAUCGCCCGAAAUCUACUUUUUUUAUUCUACGGAUCCAAUAUCUCCUCUCCUACUUACAUUUAAAACCCACAUUUUUGGUGAGUUUGGUAGUUUUUUAAUGUUUGAAAGGGGUUCGAAUUCUCGGAUUCGUUAGCUCGAUCCUUGACUUCGAAAAAUUUGUAAAAUUAGCAAUAUGCUUCGAAAAUCUCUGGAAUUUAUUGUGACGUUCAGUUGCAUGAUAACACAUUGAGGGUGUAUCAAACCGGCAGGUCUACACAAGAAAUAGAGUCGGCAUGAAAUGCGGGAUCUUUAUGUGACAUUUUUGAAUGUCAUUCAAGGGCACUUGACUAAAUAAGCCAAAUUUUUGGAAGCUUUUCGAAAGGUUUUAGACCAAACUAAUAAAAAAAUCGCAUGGGUUAUUUUUCCGUUAACUUCAAUUUUGUUGAGGCGACAGUUAAAGGAUUUUCGCAGACUUUCGAAUACAUGUAGUGCUGUGGUGACUUCAAACACACAAAUACAAAUGUUAAGCAUUGAUACACGUCACGCUCGCACUCACCUUGGAUUUUGAAAUUGGAAGGAUGCACGCUCCAUACGCAAUGAAUGAAAGCUCACAGCUCACCAGCCGUGUUAUUGAACACAAAGCACGAUUUACAAAAUCUUUUGAUCACAUCAUAUGUGCGCAUUUUAUGUAAAUAUGAAGAGAACAAAUUUCACCUGCGUCUAAUUUUCAUUUCACAACUGCCACCUCAUUAUUUAUUUACUGGACAACUGUAAAGUGAAAACUGGGGUGGACCGUACGUGUGUUUUAAAAGAAAUAUUUCACAGGUGUUGAUGUAAAUGUUAACAGACGUAUAGGUCUGAUAAGGAGGUGAAUGACACCUUAAAGAAUAUAUUUUUUGGCAACUUUAAAUGAAAACUGCGAAAAAUUACAUCACAGAACGAUAUGGUAGUACAUUUUGUUGCACGAUUUCUACAAAUCAUAGCCUAUAACCUGUAACUCUUUUUGAUGUUGAUCAAUGUGGAUUUGGUGAGUGGUGAUUUAACUACUCGAUUGCCAACAGGGUACUUCGGGAAAAUAGCGAGGUCCAUCCCUUCCUCAAAAAGGCAUAAAUGGGGAAAGGGUAAAUAUAAUGAUGCAUGGAAGGAUAAUUUUGAGAUAUUUAAAUCUAAAGCGUGUAAUUAAAGCGCUCAAACUUAAGCCCCACUCUUCAAACAGGCCUUGAAGCUUAAAUGUAUAAAUCCUUGAAUGUUUGGCCACGAAUAUUUGGCUCUGGGUCCGCCCUUUAUUUUUGGUGGGUAUUAACUCGCAUCCUUUUUACACAACGUCACCCAUUGUCUACCGACUCCAACCGUCUUUAAUUUCAAAUUAUAAGAAUGCAUUUUCUGUAUUGGUUUUUGGUGCCAAUUUGUAUUAUAAUAAUCCAAAAAUUAGUUCAAAUUUGCCAAGUUGUUCGCGAAUAAGAUCGCCUAAAAUUGUUGAUUUUUUCUUUGAACAACAAAUUCGUGUACUUACAUAAUUUUAAAACUUUGAAGGAUAUAUGUGUGCUCCUAAAGUAUCCAAACAAGUAUUUCGAGUAAAAGUAAAAAAUAGACUUUAAAAAUAUAUAAUGCAUGUCCGGAUGUUUUUGUGUACAUGUACCCUUCAGAAAUACGUUUCUUCGUGAACGCACAUUAUACCUAUAUAGCUUGCACUGAAAAAUACAGUCUACAAGUACGUUAUCAGUUUCAUGAAGAAUUUUUCAUUGAGUUAAACACACAGGAUGUUGAAAUGAUUGAUCAAUACAAUCUUUGAAUGAUCAGCCAGCAAAGAGUGAUAUUAAGAACCGUGUUAAACGUGAGUUAUUUCAUAUCGUUGCACUUUCUAUGCCAAAGAAUUACUUUUCACAAAACACUCGUUAGUUUUAUGGUUUAUACACACUAUUAACAGUUCAUUUCGCUAUCCCGUUUAAAUAAGAUUUCCGACAAUUACAGUUUACACCAGCUGUAACAGUCGACUGAUCAAAACACAUACGUCGGUCGAUACGCGCAUUUAUAUUCUGCUUCUUGGAAAAAAAAAGAAAGUUUGCGGAUGCAAAAAGAGAGCUUUCUUCGACAGCAUCUACGGUUGCUGCUAAAUGCCCUAUCUUAUCCCACGAAUUAUCAGUUAAGCUCAGACUUUUUUUGUCUGGUUCAUGUACAAAGAUAUAUUGGAAAGUCCACAAGUGCCAUUGUGUCUGAUUUUUGAAGAGAAGAAUCGCUUUUUUAAGAGACAUUUUUGUCGAGGUUGUAUUUUGUUAGGUAUAUAUUUUUUGAUAUAUAUAUUUUUCAAGUUCGUUUUCCUUUUUUUUGAAAAAGGAAAAUUUAUAUUUCUAGAUUUUUUCUGGAAUAGUGAAGGUUACAAGGGCGUUCCCUGUGAGGUUCAGGCCGGCCUGUCGUUUAUACGGCGCAAUAUAAAAAUAGAUUUUAUCAAAACGAAUGUUUCGUAGUAAAGGGAUCUUGUUUAAAGGAACUUGAAAGUAUAUAUCUCAUAAAAUUGAACUUUUACAAACCAUAAUUUUUAAAAACAAAUUGGAAAAAAAUAUCUUCUGAAACCAAACUUGAAAAAAUAUGGCUUCACUUUUUGAAAAUGUGACAUGUUCAUCCCUUUUUGAAAACAUAUACUUCAUGGCAUUAGUGGGCUUUCGUAAAUACAGGGCCAUAAAUACCAUUCGUCUUUCUAUGAUGAAGUGCAUUUGCAUUUCUUCGGGUGGCAAUAUGAGUUGAUUUUUUUUUAGUUUUGUCUCAGGGUGUAAAGAAGCUAUUGCAUGUUUUUUUUGCUUGUGCCGAUUUUCUCUAACAAGUUCACGUUUGUCGACUCAUUUAAUGAUAUUGUGGUGCUGCUCCAACAAAAUCCAUUUUUUUCUGCUGUAUGUAUUGUCUUGCUGCGUAACACGUCCAGAUGGACGAAGGUUUCUUGAUUUGCGCAUUUCCAUCGCUGCGUUCUUGGUAUCUCAUGAUGAAAUGUUGGCACACACUUUUUUCUUUCACCAUCUUAGACAAUAAGCAUCGAAUAACACCUGAUACGUAAGCUUCCUGUUAUGCAUGAUUUGAAGUGAGCUGUUGUAUUUUUUUGUGAAAGAUGAUGUGAUGCAAUAAUCAGCCAAUCAAAUUCACUUCUUGAAAAUAAUUUAACCGUGAUUUAAGCAAAUGCAAUAAAAUGUUUUCCGCAUCUUUUGCACAAAGAA